CUCUAAAUCUUGUCUGCUUCUCUCAAUAUCAUCACCAAUCCCAAAACUUGGCAUUUUAUCUUGUUCUCUUUUAGACUCCCGUUUCAAAUUUUUUAUCAAAUGUCUGCAAUCUCAUCUUCACCAUCGCUGCCUGGGGCCUCUCCCUCUCCUUCUCCUCUAAGAGUCCAAGUGGUGUCAAAAUCUGUGUCCGACAGGCUUCUACAGAAGUUUUUCGACUCUUCGGAAUUCGACUUUGAUUAUGAGCAGAGUGGGUUGUGGUCUCCUCCAAUUCGAAGAAGUGUGUUUUUGAGUUCUCCGGGGAAAAUAUUCAACGAUCACGAAAUGCUGGCCAAACUCAAAAGUGUUACGGGGUCUCGCCGUGGUAGAAAGCGCAGAGUUUGUUUCUAUGCAUUUUGGUGCUGCUGAAGGGAAAGCCACCCUCAUCAACUUAACUCCAGAAAUGGUGGUUGUUCAUGCAGGUCGGGACCUAUACAGAAAAGACCCAGAAUUUUUUUCGAUUUAUUUUGUUGGGUUUCCAUUAUGAUGUAAAUGUUCGAAUAUACAGAGAAUACAUUUAUUAUUUCUAGUUUCUUUGCA